CAACACCCCACCAAGGCAAAACAGUGGUAACUGUGUUGGAAGACCAUCCACAUUAUAGACGAAUUUUAGCAGGAAAUACAUAUCUAAUUGCCAAAUAAUGUGCUUUUCAUCAAUCCUUAUAUAUUCUAGUGUCAAAUGACACCGAUGUUGUUAAGAUUGCUUCCCUGAGUGGCUCAGAAGAUGGUUGUAUUUGUGUGAGUUGUUCACAGGUGGCUGAGCUGAUUUGUCAUAUUUGUGUACACGGUACACAUGCACUGAAGUCAGUGUGUGAUUACACUGCAGGCAGUCGGUCAACUCUGCAGGUCUGUGACAGCCAGCACUGUGUUUUUCUAGGCCUGAGGAAGUAGACACUUAGCUUGGAAGGAGUAUAGAAGGAUCUCUGUGAUAUUUGAAUUAAGUGAACAUAGAAAGUAUGGCGUUGGCUAACAUGUUGAAGAAAAAACGGUACAAAUUCCAAGUGAACUUUACAGUCGAGGAAUUAUCAUCGGUGCCGUUUGUGAGUGGAGUUAUGUUCGCCAAAGUGCGGUUGUUGGAUGGAGGAAGUUUUUCGAAUCUGUCUUCCAGAGAGGAAAUUCAUGACCAUGUUGUGAACUGGAAUGCUUGCUUCAGCUUCAUGUGUAAGAUGUCAGCCAGCCUCAUCACGGGGGUACUAGAGCCAUGUAUCUGCCGGAUAUCAGUAAGACGGGAGAGCAAAGGAGGAAAAGCAUUUCAAAAACUAGGCUUCGCCGACAUCAACUUGGCAGAGUAUGCAGGAUCAGGGUUAAAAACAAAGAGAUUCCUCCUCGAGGGCUAUGACUCCAAGCAUCGACAAGAUAACUCAAUGUUGAAGGUGACCAUAGAUAUGACAUUACUAUCAGGAGAUCCAUGCUUUAAAGUGCCUGACUCAAAACAAGUGCAUUUACCCGGUGAUCACAUUGACAUGGAGCUGCAACUAGAAAACAAAGGUCAAGGGUCAGGGAAUGGCGAAGACGUGAGCGAGGCCAGCCAAGCGUCUGGUGACAGCAGUGGCUUUGGCAGUUUACCGAGGAAAACUAAAGACUCCCCAGACACAGAAGAGACAACACCGCCCCAGAAUGCCGACCAAGGUCAUGAACAGGGCCAUUCACGGAACUCAAGCUACGCGUCGACGCACUCGAAGGGCUCCGGGUAUGCCAGCUUCUCUCACAGCCGUAACUCGAGUGUUGGCACGGACCCCGGCCACACGAGGUUGCAGCCUCCACCGUCCCCGAGUGUAGGGUCGGGCGCAGACUACUGUGGGCAUUCCCUGGAGAGGAGGAGGAAGAUCGAGUCGGAAUCGAUGAAAGAAUCGCGAGUGGAGUCAACAAGAAUCGACACAAAUGAGGUGAUCGAUGAACUUUUUAAAGAUACAGAUUUCAAGGUCAAUGAUGGUCUAGAGAAUUCGGGACUACAACUGUUCAUCGCUAAGGAUGGUACAGCAUCACUUGGUGGGUCACAUACCAUGAAAUCGCAGAUGAGGCAAGGCAAAUAUAAACCAGUUGUGAUUGAGGAUAGGUAGCGACCGCCACAGGUUACUGUGGAUUAUUCAUGCAAUCACUUUCAAGGAAGUUUCAGUGAUUUUGGUGAAAGUGAAAAACAUGAUGCUGUCUCAGAAAGGUAUUUGUAUUUAGACCUCUUGUUCCUAGGUGAGUGAAGUUCAAGAUGGUCUCAGAGUUAAACCAAUGCUACAGAAUUUCUGUCUCAAAAGUAUGCAAUAUAAAUAUGCCACUGUUUCUGGUUGGGGACGUAAAUAAACUAUCAUGGGUUUGAAAGGUAUGGAAAAAGUCUUGUCACUUGAGAAAAGUCACUGAAAGUUCUCUAAAGGUUUUCAUAUGAAGUUUGCAGUAGUAUUGGGGUAAUCGAGUCGAGUCCAGAUAAAGUUGGCCUGGGGGUUGUGGGUAAAGUGUAUUGUAUGUGUGUAAUAGAUUCUUGUAUUGAACUGGGGGACAGUAUAAAAGAGAGUUAUGUAAACAAACAUUCGAUCAAAGUACAGUAGACUGCCUCAGUUAUCCCAGCUUGUCAUGCCAUUAUGGACAUUGGGCUAUUACUGUUUUUGUAACAGGGGAAAUUAGUUUUGCCUGGCUGGUCUUGUACCUUUUAUAACUAAUUGCUUUAAAGAGGUCUCUCGCCUGUUGAAAAGAUCAUGAUUGCAUCUAGUUGUUCGAUAGGAAAUAAUACUAUUUUAAAGAAAAGCCUCAUUUAUUUUGUUUCACAUUCCUCUCUCAGUUUGUUGUGAUUUUUAGUUUUGUGCCAAAGACAGAUUCGAAGUGAACAAAGAUUUCAUGAGCAAAUGUUGACAUCAUGAAUCUUGGGUAUUGAGCUUCAUGUAGAAAUCUACUAAGUACUAGUUUAAAAUGGUCAUAUAUUUCAUCAGUUUUAGGACCUUAUUUAGAAAACUUACUAUCUUAUGAUCUGUUUAAAUCUAGCUGCCAUCUGGUGCUGUUUUAUAUUCUUUAUUACUCCUCUCUUUCUUAUUUGUUUUGCUGGUGUUUUCUUAAUGAAUGUGAUCGUUGUGUGGGAUCACUUGGUCUUGAUUGAAUACAUGUAGUCAGGACACCACUCAGCUUUGACAUGUCUUUUGUACUCUGUCUAGAUGCUACAGUAUUGUAUGGUGCAGGCAAAGGACCAGACAUUAGGUGUUCCUAAUAGUUAAGAGCAUUAAGUGUUCUACUCUUCUUUUGCAUCUUAUGAUCUCGAUGUGAGCAUUGUCCAUGCUGGAGCAUUUCAACCUAUUUUCACACCGCUGUUUUGAUAUCAAGAAAAAAUGAUCAGGUGAACUCUUCCUAGUUACAACAUGGGCAUGUAUACUAUCCUCUUAAUUCAGGCUUAUACAGGUUGCCGGUAUUCUAUUUUUUUGUGGAUGUGGUGUAGAUGAGAGUUAGGUAUAGUUCGAGGUCCGACGAGUUUGAAGCAAGAAGAAGUUAGAAAUAAGAAUGUCCAAUUCCUAUAGGAAACUUGUAUAAAAGCUUUUGUCUAAUUUUAGAUGCAUGUACUCAUCUAUUUUCAUCUUUUAUCCAUUCAAUACUCUGUUGCUCACCGGCUUUCAGUAUCUUAUGUGGCCUUCUUUUAUAUGUGGCUUAUACGUCGUGGAAAGGCGCUUGUAGUUUUACAAGGCAGGAUAGAUGUCGCUCCUGUCCAAUCUGGAAGUCGCCAUGUUUAUACUUUUCUAACAUGUUUGUUAGAAUUCUAUGAUGACAUAUGGCUUAACAGAACUGUGUGGUAGCCUGAAAUAGCGUUUUAUAAGGUAAAUAUUAAGAUUUCUGUAGAUAUUUCCAUGAAAAGUGGUAAUUUCUUCUCAAGUCUUUAUGUGCUGUGCUUUGUAUUGUGUCAAGAGAGAGGUUUUAAAUCAUGUUCUGUCAGAAUAUUCUGAUGAUCAGUCCAAAACUAAAUCAAUGCAGUUUCUAACCAGAAUCGACCAUGACGAUAUUUCCAUGAGAGCCUGACAGGGGUCUCACGCUCAAAGUGUGGAUUAUGUCAAAGUGCCUGUCAGUCUUUCAUGGUUAGAUAGAAGUGUCCAAUUAUGAUUGUAAUGGAGUCUACAUGAUGUCAUGAUAAGGUGUAUGUACAUGUAGGCUGAGUUGUGUGCAAUGUGCUAAUAUACAUAUAGGGAAGCACAGAUGUUGUAGGUUUUAUCAUGGUAUUGUAAUAUAUGAAUACAGGGAAGAAUUGGGACUAAUGAGGUUACAUUCAGGAGGCAAGUUGGGGAAAUUAGCUCAGUUUAUAAAUUGCAUAUCCAAAGAAGCAGAUACAUGUAUGAGGGUCCAUUAGUCUUGUACGUGUACAUGUCAUUUGUCCUGUGUUGACCUUGUCAACACUACCGGCCAAUUUUUAUUUCCGCAAGUGCUCUUUUAUUUUGGCAGACUACCUUUCUUUCCGGCUUUCCAAUCAAAACUAAAUUGGCCGCAAACAUUUACAGUAACCUGGUCAGUUUACAGAAACUCAAACAUUGAGAUUGUUUAUGUUGAUGAAGAAGGUAAAGAUUGAAGAGCUUUUUCCCAAAAGAAUGAUCGAAGUAAUCAUUUUUGAUGAGAUUGUGAAUGUCCAUAUUUUAUGUUAGUGAUGUUACUAAAUUGUACCACAUAUGUGUUGAUUAGAAAAGUAAUGAUUUUCCGAUGCGAUUUCUAGUUAAUUUGAGUUAAUUUUCUUUGAAGUCCGAGAUUAUGACGAAAGUGAUUGUUUCUCUAAGAGCAUGCUUAACUCUGAGGCAAGUACUGCAAAGUCGAUCAGGAGCCAUCUCAACGUUCAAGGGUUUUAAUAGAAAAGAUCAUUGCAAAUUUGAAGUGGCUCCUGAUUGGUUGCACAGCAUAAGAUAAACAACAAAUGCCGUAUAAUCACAAGAAAUCAUGCAUAUCUGUGUUUGAGUGAUUUGUUUGAUUUGUUUGAUUUGUUUGAUUUGUCUCUGAUGGAGCAUGGAAGUGUGGUACUCAGUACAGUCUUGUCUCUGUGUUGUCGCCACACAACUUCUCAUCCUCCUAUCUGUCUGUAGCUGCUAUAAUGUAUCGUGUGUAUUUUAAUUCUUCAUCCAGACACCAGGUGGCUUGGUAUGUAAGCUGUUAUAUACAUCAGCUGGUCUGAUGUUGGUCAGUGGUAUUCUCCAUGGACUCGGAUUAUUAUAUUGUUAUAUGUGCUUUGAGCUUGCAUGUAGACAGAAUUCUCUCCUGGUGAUCAGGUUGGGACUGUGCUCUACUUCACUAACUUUGUAUCACCUCUAUGCUUGCCAGAUUACAUCAAAUUGGCAUGCACCCACUCCAAAGUUCUCUCUGAACAGCGAGGAGGUGAUCAUAACACCCUCAUGGUGAAAUAGACAACAGAAAGCUAAAACUAAAUAAGUGCCUGUGACAUUGAUUAGAGGUGACCUAGUACUGUCUUAAUCCUUAAUACGCAAUUACGUCUUGAAGACAUGAGCAGUUGUAGUUUUUCCAUGGAGAUCCUGGAGUGAGUUCUGUUUGGGGCCUUGAAAAAGAGUGUUUUAUUGUGUAUAAUGUCCUGUAUUAUAAUCUGUCUUAACUUAAUGUAGGAAGUACAAGCUGUUAGUGUUAGUGUGAUUGUGAUCAGGGGGACAACCCUCUUGGCUGUAAUUAUAAGAUAUUAUAUUAAACUGAGGCAGUAAGAUUGUUAAUGGUCCACUGAGCACUGUCUGUGGAACCCUGUAUAAGAACCCAUAGAACAAAAAGAAAUUGUAAAAGAAAAGUACACCAUUGUCUAUUCUGAGUGGCCUUGGCAUAGCAGAUUUGUUACACCGGGCCUAUUGCCUGAAGGGAAGGUCAUCCAUAGCUAGUGUUGUGCUUGUUUCUUCACAAUAAUUAGAAUCUCUAGUUUUACAAUAAGAAAGAAGAGUUUAUUUUGAUAAAUCAGAGAGAUAUAUCGUGUAUAAUUCAGAGUAAGAUUGUUCUUUAUGCCUUGGUUAAUCAUCAUCGAUAUUUACAGAUUAGAAAAGCCCUCUUUCAGUGCAUGUAAAGUAAUUCUCUGAGCGAUGCCGGAUUCUGCUUCAACUAUGCAUUUCUCAUGUAAAUAACUCCUGUACAAAGAAAAUGAGAUUUGAUUUGGAUGAUCAGUGUUAUCAAUGUCCGCUUCUAGAAGGCUGUACACAUUCGGUGUUUUAUUUAUCUUAGAGUAGAAGUAGGAUUUGCAGUAGUAUGUUGUCUGAUGUCUAGGCUUUGCCACAUUUUGAACAAUGACCGCCCAGGUACACAAACAUUCUGACACCCAUCGCAGGUGCAAGUUUACAGCAGAGAGAACAGGUCUAUUGACUGAUGCAUGACAACAUCAACAAGGCCUGAUUUGGCAAGCUUACCAUGCAUGAAUCCGAUUGAAUUGGAACACUGCUUCCUCAUUGGUCCACUAUCAAUCAAUGGCUGCGAGUGCUCAUGGGCCACAAAGGGUUCAGAUAGGCCUAUUUCGUCAGCUUCAUAUUUGUACAGAAUGAGAAUGUUGUCUCGGUGUCUCACUGCUUGUGCAGAAGGCACUGCCCACAAGUCAAUAGGUGAACUCAAAGUAAUGUCUGUCCCAGGAUGAGUUGGUCAUGGGAAUGUUCAGAAGAUAUUUGACUCAAAACCAUAAUGUGCUCUCUCACUUGGGCUUCACCACUUUCUAGUGUGUUUUCUCUCUCGAGUCAGUUGCUGUUAGAAAAAAUCUCUCAACAUUUGUAUGUAGAGAAGUGUCAUUUAUAGAAGGGUCAUCAUGCCAAAUUUUGCGAUGAUUGGCAUCCAUAUACGUACACGUACCCUACAAGAAGUCUAGGUUGUUUUGUUGUCCACUUGUAAAGAAAGAAUGAGAUCCAACCAUGACUAACUUAUUCUGGGACACACUGUAACGACACUGUCCAUUGUGCCUGACUAUGCUGGGAUGUUAACAGAUAUUUCAGCAUAAUAUAUGAUGUAUAUAUUUAUACACAAUAAAGGUUUUUAAACCAAUGAA